AUGGAUAUACCCAUACCUGAUCAAAUUCCUUACACUGGUGAAGAAGGAGGUCCUCAGUUGGAAGACACUGCUGCUGCUCUACACCUACCAAGAUCAGAAAUUAACGAGGUUUGGAUCAAUAAAAGAGACUAUUCUGGAAUACCCGUGGAUUUCUUGUACGAGAAAGCCAAGAUCUUUACUAAAGCUCUAAGUAUGGAUGCCUUGGAAAGUGUUUUAACUAUGUUGAUAUAUGGACAAGUUCUGUUUCACCAUUGUGACAAAGUUGUUGAUAGGGCUGCUAUCAAAAUUUUCCCAAGAAUCCUAUUCCUACUCUACUUGAAUGAAGAAGGUUUAACUUGGAUUCAGAGGAUUAUGAGACUUUCGUACGAUGACAUCGUUUGGUAUCCAAAAGAGUUCGAAGGAGUUCAGUUGUUUGAUCGUUGUGGAGAGUUCCCUAAUGUGCCUCUUCUUGGCACCCAAGGAGGAAUUACUUAUAAUCCUAUACAACCGAAAAAGAAGAAUCGCUUCAUUAAAGCUUGGUACGAAGUAAAAAAGGUAGCUGCAAGAGAUUUGGGAACAAGGAUCUAUACUCCUUCAGAUCUUUACUUUAAAUGGAUUUAUGAUCGAGUCGUCGAGUUUGGCAUACCAUAUCCGUCUAACACACCUGUUGUUCCAAGGAUUUCUCCUCCAGAGGUUCACGUAGAAUUGGAGCCUUAUGUACCUGCUCCGAACGAAGACCUUGCUACCACAGUUGCUCAUUUAAGACAAGAAAAGGCUGAUCUUGAAAAGCGUCUACAAGAGGUGGAGGCAGAAAAAGCAGUAUUAAUGGCUAAUGCAAAAUAA